AAGUCAUCAUGUAAUUCAUAUAUCACAUCUAAACAAAAAUAUAUUUAAUAAACAAAAAUUCGAAUACAAAGCUAUGUCAUGUUUAUUGUAUUGGUGGUGGGUGUAUAUUAUUUGAUAUACUUGAAUUAUAAUUGAUAUAUUCUUGGCUUGCAAUUCUAUUGUUUUUGUUAUGAAAAAAUUGAUUUAAUCAUUCAAAUGUAUACGGUCUUUAUGAUUUUUUAUUCAAUUUAGAUUUACCAAUGAAUGAAUACCUGUUCAUGUGGAAUAUAUCGACAACAAUAAAGUCGUCGAUCAAUUUUUUUUAAUUAAAUUAUACUAUGCCCAAUAAUCGUUAUAUUGGCCAUCAUCAUCAUCAUCAUUAUCAUCGUCAUCACCAAAAUCAUAAUCAACAACAACGACAUCAAAUUCAUCAACGACAACAAAACAACAAUAUUCAUACAACAGCGACAAUUGCUGAUCCUUAUGGAAUCACUUUGAUUGCCGCUAAUCCUGUGAAUCAUAGCCAAGAGAAUCAUUUGGAUGUUGGAUUUCACAAUAAUCAUCAACAACGAGAUCAACUAAAUAAUACAAUGUCGCAGACUGCACAAAUUGUUUUAUUACCGACACAAAAUUUACAAGUAUCAAAUGGUUUCAUUAAUGAACAUCAUACAUCAACCCUUGUACAAAAAACGACAGUUGCCGAACCUGUACAAAUGAUUUUGCCCACAAACAACGAUCUUGUUGGCUCUUAUCAGGUAGCUGCCGCAACUUUUCCAAAUGUCAGCGUAUUAGUACCGUCGACAAUAUUGAUAGCCAAUCAAAAUGAAUGCAUAUUAAUACCACAACAACAAAAUUCACAGAAUAUUUGUCAACCUAAUCUAAGCUUACAGGUUGCAUCUUCAAAUAAUCAUCAACUAUUCUAUACCUCUCCAAUUGACUCUUCAUAUGAAGCUACUAAUGUUGAAUAUGAAGAAGUUCCACAACAACAACCUCAGGAAGAGCAAGAAUGCGAAAUCAUUGCCUUGGACAAUAACAUCAGUGCACAGACCGUACUUACAGGAAUAGCGAUGACUGAUCAAAACGAAACCAUUCUAAAUCAUCAGCCUACUCAUUUGAUUAAUAAUAAUUGUCAGAUAAUUGGUAUUGUUCAUAAUGGUACUAAUCAGGUUAGUAUCCUGCAACAGCAACAACAACCACAAUCUAGUUUGGUGCAUUCGACAUCGGUUGAUCAAACCAUCCAACAACAAGUACUAUUGUCAAAAUGUGUGGAUUCUAAUGAUAGCAAUAAUAACAAGCAAAAUCAACAAUCAAUGGAAAUUCAUACGAAUGGCUAUCAAUAUGAUAUGAAUGAAUUCUUAACUACAAUUGCUGAAUCAUCAUCAUCAGCUCUAACAACAACAGUAACGAAAGAAAAAUCCGAUCCGGAUCAAGCAAAAGAAUGGCUUAAAGAUUGUUUCAUUGUAAAUAGGGCCUUAAAAGCUUUGAAAAAAGCCAACAACAACAAUUCAAAUAUUCAACAAUCUAAUGAUCAGAACAGAACCGUCCAGAUUAUCAAAAGAAACAGUUAUCAGUAAAAAUUAGCAUAAAUUUCUUAUGUUGUUGGUAUUGAAGAAUAGCCAAAACAUUUUAUUUCAAAGCUGGCCAAACUUCAAUUCUUUUCUUCUUGAAAAUCACCACUGUGAUACAUGACUUUAUUCAAAGAUUGUUUCUUUUUUUUCUCUCCAUGAAUGGAUAUAAUAAAAAUUGUAUAUCUUUGGAAAAUUUA